CAGUUAACCAAUGGCAGGAGCCGUUUCAUCGGCUGCAUAAGCAGCAAGAUCAAAAGUGAGCCUUUUCUGAUUGCUGCAUAGUGUCAAUUGGCCAAUCUCUUCUCCCAGGAAAAAAAAAAGUAAAUCAAACCUUUGAGAAGCAUUUGCUGGUUGAAGUGCUUUCUGUCUAGUGAGGGGGUCUGUGGAUUUCUAGUUUAUGAUAAAUAGGACUUUAAAAACCAGGGACGGGAGGGUGAGUGUUCAGGUUCUAGAGCUAUGCAGCUGGAGCAUUGCCUUUCUCCUUCUAUCAUGCUCUCCAAGAAAUUUCUCAAUGUGAGCAGCAGCUACCCACAUUCAGGCGGAUCUGAGCUUGUCUUGCACGAUCAUCCCAUUAUCUCGACCACUGACAACCUGGAGAGAAGUUCACCUUUGAAAAAAAUUACCAGGGGGAUGACGAAUCAGUCAGAUACAGACAAUUUUCCUGACUCCAAGGACUCACCAGGGGACGUCCAGAGAAGUAAACUCUCUCCUGUCUUGGACGGGGUCUCUGAGCUUCGUCACAGUUUCGAUGGCUCUGCUGCAGAUCGCUACCUCCUCUCUCAGUCCAGCCAGCCACAGUCUGCGGCCACUGCUCCCAGUGCCAUGUUCCCGUACCCCGGCCAGCACGGACCGGCACACCCCGCCUUCUCCAUCGGCAGCCCCAGUCGCUACAUGGCCCACCAUCCGGUCAUCACCAAUGGAGCUUACAACAGCCUCCUGUCCAACUCCUCACCGCAGGGCUACCCCACGGCGGGAUACCCCUACCCACAGCAAUACGGCCACUCCUACCAAGGAGCCCCGUUCUACCAGUUCUCCUCUACCCAGCCAGGAUUGGUGCCCGGCAAAGCACAGGUGUACCUGUGCAACAGGCCGCUUUGGCUGAAAUUUCACCGGCACCAAACGGAGAUGAUCAUCACCAAACAGGGAAGGCGCAUGUUUCCUUUUUUAAGUUUUAACAUUUCUGGUCUCGAUCCCACGGCUCAUUACAAUAUUUUUGUGGAUGUGAUUUUGGCCGAUCCCAAUCACUGGAGGUUUCAAGGAGGCAAAUGGGUUCCUUGCGGCAAAGCGGACACCAAUGUGCAAGGAAAUCGGGUCUAUAUGCAUCCGGAUUCUCCCAAUACUGGGGCUCAUUGGAUGCGCCAAGAAAUCUCUUUUGGAAAAUUAAAACUUACCAACAACAAAGGAGCUUCAAACAACAAUGGGCAGAUGGUGGUUUUACAAUCCCUGCACAAGUACCAGCCCCGCCUGCAUGUGGUGGAAGUGAACGAGGAUGGUACGGAGGACACCAGCCAGCCGGGCCGUGUGCAGACAUUCACUUUCCCCGAGACUCAGUUCAUCGCUGUCACCGCCUACCAGAACACCGAUAUUACACAACUGAAAAUAGACCACAACCCCUUUGCAAAGGGAUUCCGAGAUAAUUAUGACACGAUCUACACGGGCUGCGACAUGGACCGUCUGACCCCUUCGCCUAACGACUCUCCGCGCUCGCAGAUUGUCCCCGGCGCCCGCUACGCCAUGGCUGGCUCUUUCCUGCAGGACCAGUUCGUGAGCAACUACGCCAAGGCCCGCUUCCACCCGGGUGCAGGCGCGGGCCCCGGACCGGGGACGGACCGCAGCGUCCCGCACACCAAUGGGCUGCUGUCCCCGCAGCAGGCCGAGGACCCCGGCGCGCCGUCGCCGCAGCGCUGGUUUGUGACACCCGCCAAUAAUCGGCUGGACUUCGCGGCCUCGGCCUACGACACUGCCACGGACUUCGCGGGCAACGCGGCCACGCUGCUGUCGUACGCGGCGGCGGGUGUGAAGGCGCUGCCGCUGCAGGCCGCCGGCUGCACGGGCCGCCCGCUCGGCUACUACGCCGACCCGUCGGGCUGGGGCGCGCGCAGCCCCCCGCAGUACUGCGGUGCCAAGUCGGGGUCCGUGCUGCCCUGCUGGCCCAACAGCGCCGCGGCCGCCGCGCGCAUGGCCGGCGCCAACCCCUACCUGGGCGAGGAGGCCGAGGGCCUGGCCGCCGAGCGCUCGCCGCUGCCGCCCGGUGCCGCUGAGGACGCCAAGCCUAAGGACCUGUCCGACUCCAGCUGGAUCGAGACGCCCUCCUCCAUCAAGUCCAUCGACUCGAGCGACUCGGGGAUUUACGAGCAGGCCAAGCGGAGGCGGAUCUCGCCGGCAGACACGCCAGUGUCCGAGAGCUCGUCCCCACUCAAGAGCGAGGUGCUGGCCCAGCGGGACUGUGAGAAGAAUUGCGCCAAGGACAUUGGCGGCUACUAUGGCUUCUACUCGCACAGCUAGGCCGCCCCUGCCCGCCUGCCCGCCCGUCCGCCAGGGACGCGCGCCCCGCCGAGCCCCCAACCAGGCCCCCACCGCUCUCCCCUAGUUCCUCUACCCCAGGCCCCAGGUUGCGCACCCUCGCAUUUUCUUUGACCCUGGAUGACCGUCUGCAGCGAAUAUGUGCAGGUCUCACAACUAUGGUUUUAACCUUUCCCCCAUUCUUUCUUUAUUAUUAUUUAUUUUUAUAUUUUACACAGCCAACUCUGCAAUUAGCACAGCUGACCUUCAACUUUGCUGCCAACCUUUUGCCUUCCCAACUUAGUUUUCUUCUGUGAAGCUGUCCUCCUAACCGUCCUCUUUCCGCUGUCUUUUUCUCACUCCCUCUUUCUCUUUCUUGUAUUAAAACCUUUCACCUUUAGGAGACCUGGACAGUCCUGUCAGGCAGCAGCGAUUCCGACCCAUCCUUCCGUGUCUUGGCCUCCCCAUUAACCAUAAGAUGUUGACUCUAGAAUCUGGACCCACCCAGCGCGUCCUUUCUUAUCCCCGAGUGGAUGGAUGGAUGGUAGGGAUGUUAAUAAUUUUAGUGGAACAAAGCCUGUGAAAUGAUUGUAUAUAGUGUUAAUUUAUUGUAACGAAUGGCUAGUUUUUAUUCUCAUUGUCAAGGCACAAAACCAGUUCAUGCUUAACUUUUUUAUUCCUUUCCUUCUCUUUCUUUACAUUUCUUUCUCCUCCUACUCUUUCCUUUUCUGUCCCCUCUCUCUUCAUUUUCUUGUGAGAUAUUAAAAAUAUUUCAAUAACCUCUGGAAACAUGAAAUACUCCAUAGUGAUGGCUUUCUCAUUUCUCCUAAAUGCGUUGCAUGAAAUAUGUGCCCUAAAGCACACAUAUAGCUAAGGAGAAUCUUAGCCAAACACCUGUGAAAGAUAGGUGUCUGUCCAUAGGCAAGUCGACUUAAGUGGCAUGAUGCCUGCAAAGCAAAGUUAACUGGAGUUGUAUGUUUUCCUCCCUUCCUUCUAAAUAGAAUAGCUCGACAUCAGCAAUAUUAUUUUGCCUUAUUUGUUUUUCCCCAAAGUGCCAAAUCCAUUACUGGUCUGUGCAGGUGCCAAAUAUGCUGACAAACUGUUUCUGAAUAUCUUUUCAGUACCCCCUCCACCUUUAUAUGCUGUAAAUCUUUGUAAUGAAUACUCUACUAAUGAUAUAGAUGACUGAAUUGUUGGUAACUAUAGUGUAGUCUAGUGAAGAUGAAUUGUGUGAGUUGUAUAUUUUACUGCAUUUUAGUUUUGAAAACAAUCCCCCCUUGCCACUUAGAAACAGCUGAAAUUUGAUUUCUUUGGGAAAAUACUAGCAUUAAUGCAAGCAAAGACUGAUUCCCCCCCCCCCCAAGUCUUGUUACAUUUAAAUAAGGCGCAUUAAUCCCCCUGGAAAUAGAUUAGUAAGAUUUCUAAUGUUGUGUAGCAAACCUAUACUUUUUGUACUUUAAAACUAAUGUGAAAUAUGCAUCAUACACAAUAUUUCAAUCUAGAUUCCAGUCCAUGGGGGGAUAUUUCCUAAUAGGAAUUCAGGGUCUAAACGUGUGUAUAUUUUGGCUCUUCUGUAAAUCAAAUGUUGUGAUUUUUAUAUUUGUUUCGUUUUGUCUGUGAACUGAAUAAUUUAUACAAGUACACACUCCAUUGAGAAACGUUUUGUUUUUUUGCUUGUUUGUAUUGUCUGUGUAUAACAAGUAAAAUAAACCUGGUAAAAAUGCUAA